GUUUUUGAUAAAGUUCUUUUGUUUUUGUUCUAUUGCUGGCUUGUGUGAUACUGUUGUUGCUGUUGUCGUCGUAGUUGGUUUUGUCAUCUGUGGUUGCCGCCACAGUUUUCUCAUUAUCAUUGUGCCGUUGAAAGCAAAACAUCAUCUUUCAGUUUGUUAUGGCGCAUGAAAACGCGUAAAAUAAUACAAGAAAAUCGCUCGGCUUAAAAAUCAAAUACAACCGAGAAAAUAAAAAAAAACAACAACAAGAAAAAUAAAGUGUAGUGGAAAAAAAUAACAUACGCUUGUUAAAAAAUGUGAUUAACAGCAAAGAAAAAUCAAUAUCAUUCCAAAUAAAAAAAGGAGAAGAAAUCAAAAAAAAAUGACAAAGGAAAUUUCUGUUUUUCUGUGUAUCAAUCAAAUGAAAUUAUUUUGGAAUUAAACAAAGAAAGAAAUAAAAAUCAAUUCAAAUAAAAAUAAAAUUCAAAUCAAAGCCAAUUAUUGACAAGCCAUUUGUUGGCUGACAAAAAUGUGUGUAUCUGUGUGCCAUUGUCUAAUUGUACGGUUUACCUAGCUUCUUUCGGGGCUGAAGUGUUUUUCUUCAAAAAUUUUCUUCAACUGCAACAAAAUACCAUGUCAUGUAUUGGAUGGAUGGCUUUACAUUUGACGACAAUCUAAUCAAUAAUUCAUUUUUGAGCGGCGACAGCAAUGGCGAAUUAAGUGACAAUAAUCAUCGUCUUUCACGCACAGCAUCGACCAGCAGCGGAGCCAGAAAUCGUUUUAGAUCUUCGUCCAAUCGCAAAUCUCAACAUUUAAGAGGAUUAGCAGCAACAUCGAAAGCAAAACGGAGACGGCAUGCCAACUUCAAGCUAAACAACAGAUUGGAUCGAAAGUCAUCACGUGGCAUGGUCUAUGAGAAUGAAGAACUAAGAUUACGUACCAUCAACAUAAAUGCUGAAGUUGAAAGAGGACAAUCGGAUAUCAAACGUUUACGCAAAGAGAAUGAUCACCUGCGUCGUGAAAUCUGGUCCUUGCGCGAUGAAUAUGAUCGCCUCAACAAGAGAUUUAAAAAUAAAUUCAUUGAAGCGGAGCAGGCGGCGCGAUGCAGUCAAGCAGGUUGCUCCUGCCAAUGCAUUGAGGGCGGAUGUGAUAUUGUCCACUCGAAAUGCAAUAGCGAGGACUCCGACUCCUGUGACUCAUGCUCGUGUCAGGAAACGGACGAAAUUGUCUGUAACGGUGAAUGUUGCAGUGAAAAGAAAAUCAUGGCUGCAAAUGAAGCCGCCGAAGAUCCCUCACCUACGGAUAGUACAAAACUAACAGUCAUUGAUGGUAUGCCUGUGACACCACCCCAAUCGGCUAUGCCAAGUAUUCUAACCGGUAUUGAUCAUUUGUCGGUAGUAUCGGAGGAGACUCUGAGCAAUAGUGAUGUGGCGAAUGUGAAUCCUGGAAAUCUCUUGGGCUACACACCCAGUAUAAGUGGGUCACAGACAACACUGCCGAGUUUGGUGGGACCCCUGACACCGCUGACACCCAUCGAAUUGGUGGCCAAUGAAUUGAAUGACAUACAGGCCAAAGUUCCGCCAUUGUCUUACUUUGAGAAUGUUCUGCAGCAGCAUAUGAAUACCAAUUUGACCAGCAGUUCAGGAACCUCCUCCUCGAAAAGUGGCAGAACAGUCAUACGCCACACCAAUGGCUGGGAUUAUAAUUUGGAAUCGCCAUUUUUGCAGAAGCAUUAUCCCGUCAAUUCGGUAUCACCGCUUUUGCAAAAACGUUCAACGGCACAAACACUGACCACCUUUGUACCUACCACGACCCUGACACCACCCCCACCACCACCACCAGCUCCCCCCACGCUGGUAAUAGACAAUGGUAAGUCGAUCACAUCGAAUCCAACAUUGAAAAGUUCCGGUGAGAUGCCAGUGAUAGAGACAGUUCCCAUAACCACAAUGUCGGUCAAUGGUCCAUGUGUGGCAGUGCCAGCCACUGGCAAUGCCAGCUGCCUCAAUAGCAAUUCCAGUAGCAACCAAAACAUUACCAGCAGUACUAGCACCAGCAUCAAUGGCCAAGAGAAACCAGCAAAACAUUUCUUUGCACCCAUCAAACCUAAAUUAAAAUUGAACACCGCCUUGGCUAAUCAAAGGCGGCAGCCACCUCCUCCUCCACCAGCAGCAGCAGCAGUGGCUCCACAAGCACCCCAAGUGCUGGCCAAGCCAUCCUCAUUCACAAAUGCUGCCACCACCACCGGUCAACAACUAAAAUGUGAGCCACCUGACAUUUACGUGACCAAUGGCCUGGCAACACCCUACAAACAUCCACUGAAGCCAAGCGUACAACCGCCACCGGUACCGCAGCGUAUUACAUCCAUGGCCACAUCAGCACAAACCGAUUCAGCAAAUCUGGAAUCGAUUCUGAAUGACAUUGAGGCCAUAUCGGAAGACAUCUUAGCGAUACAAUUGGAGAAAACUCGAUCACGAGAUAAUCUUGAAACACGCUCCACAGAAAAUGUUUGCCGGACAACAGUCUCACAAAUGCAGCAAGGCAAUAAAAAUUCCAAACCCUACAGAUCCGAAAUGAAUCUUUUGCUUAGCUAUGAUGGUGAUAAUCCCACCAUUCGCCCAGCAGUACCAAAUUCCAGUAGCAAUACAACAGAAAAUGCCACAGACAAUACAGGUACGACAAGGAGGACACGGUCACUGGAAAGGGAACACACGGACAGUCCAUCACCAAGAAUACCCGAUCCCAUGCAACCCUUCCCGGAUAAUCGUAAAUACAUUGGAUUUGAACGUUUGAACAAUGCAGCCAUUGUGGGGCCACCUUCGGCAGCAACAUCAACAGUGACGGUUACAACAACGCUAACACCCCGGUUGGCAGUGACGGGGACCCAAACCUCCCCCACCAUGGCCACGCCCAUGGGUCACAGAACGCAUUUACCGCUGUCCCCUUUGGUAACAAAUGUCAAUAUGCCAUCACUGGCAAAUGCCGGAGCUAAACCAGCACCACCCACAAGACAAUAUCCCACACCGCUGAAUAUUAAAUGUGCCGGCAUUCAACGCAGUUCAUCGGUUUCCUAUAAAACUAAUGCAAUGCAUUCACCAACCGGUGGUUCACCCAUUUUGGGUGGUGUUCAUCCAAAUAAAAGUCAAUUAUUUUCGGCAAUAGCAAAUGCUGCAGUUGCCCGCAGGGCUCAAUUUAGAUCUCAACCGACACACAUGACAAGAUCCCUGGAUACGGAUUGUCUCUUGGAGAGUCCCAAUGAGGGCGCCGGCGAUGUGAUCAACAAUGUGGAGGAAAAGGAGAUUAUCGAAACAACAAAACGAAAACCACGUCGAGUCUCUAUAGUUUGUGGUGAAACAACGGCCGAGACGCCCGGUACACCAGGUGAAAAACCCACACCAACUGUACGCACCAUACAGACACAGAACUCUUCGACGACAUCAACAUCGGGCAGCUGUUCCGAUCUGCCCACUGUCAUGCCAAAUCCUGCUUUAAGAAAUUUCAAACAAACCAGUCAUAGUACACCAAAUUCGCCACAUUCCUCUCGCAAACAUGAGGGUUCGCCCUUCAGUACCCCGACCCAGCCGCCCACAAUUUCAAUAACACCCACCAGCCCUUUGCACCAGCAACACGGGCGUUCGGUUUCCACGCACGGCAAUGGAUCACCACAUCAUCAUCAGCUGCAGCAGCAGCAGCAUUCGCACAGCAAUAGUUAUCCCAAUGCGGUGGCAACAAUGCAUAAUCCACAACAACAACAACUGCGAAAAAAUAGUCAGGAUACCAUAAAGGCAAGUGCCGCCGAAAUUGCAUGCGCCGCUGCCAAUGUGGUGCGUUCGAAAUGUUCGCGACGUCACUCGGAGGGCACCGUCUCGCAUUCGAAUCAGCGCAGCAGUGGCACCAGCGGAGGCACUAAUGGCGGCCAUCAUCACGGCCAUCAUAAUCAUCAUCACCACCAGCAUAGUUCAUCAAUCGUUAGCACCGGCCACCCGCACCACAGUCGUCAUUCGCAUCAGGACAGUAAUCAUGAGACGGUGGGCUCAUGUUCGGAUCGUAAUUCAAACAGUUUAGCCUCCUCGCGCGAGUCGUCAGCCAGCUUCAGUAUGCGCUCGACUAGGCGGAAGUUGUCGGUUAGUUCCAAUACGGGUGGUAAAAUACCUUGGUGUGGUUGCUGGGGCAACGGAUGUUUGUGAAAACUGUGGAUGUUGGCCGUGUGAUGGGGUGGGGGGUAAUGAUGGUGCUGGCGCUGGUGCUGGUACUGGUGUUUGCGUUGGCGGAUUCAACAAGGCUUAGCUCCUACACCGUUGUAAUUUUCAAAUUGAAAGGAAGUCAUUGCCGUUGUUGCGUCGUGAUGCAUCCAUUCAUUCAUUCAAUUGCAGCUUAGCAUUUUUCUGCAAAUUUCUUGUGAAUGGAUUUCAAAGAACCCAACAACCAGCCAUCGAACCAACUAAACAUCCAGCCAACCAGCCAUCCAACGAGGCAACCGAACAGGCAAACAAACAAAUAAACAAAUGAGUUUCAAUACCAGUGUAUUAUGUAUUUGUGUUUGUAAAUACAUCAAUAAGAUUUCUAUGUAGUUAGUAAAUAUAUGUACUCGUUAAACACCACAUACAUGCGUAUGUACGUGUGUAUGUGGAUAUAUUUAUGUUUGUCUUCUUAUCUGCUUAGUAAAGAAUAAUUGCAGCAAUUGGAUUUAUUCUCUCCUCUAAUUUUACAAAAUUUAGUUAAGCCAAAUUACGUAUACGAAAAACAAAAUUCAAUUAGAAUCAAUUAAAGUAAAAAAUAAAAGGGAAAAAAAGUGAACAACAAAAUUUUGUUAACGUUAGGAAAUUCCAGAAUUUUAAGAGUUUUAAAUUUGUUUUCUUGUAAUUAAAUAAAUAUUAUUAUAAUUAUGUUCUAAAUGCUAGUUAUCAUUAUCGUAUAUUAAUUUUUUUGCAAUACAUACUCAACCUAUGUAAAUUUAUAUAUAAUUUGUU